AUGGAGCCGACCGAGGCAGCAGAGGGUCAGGACAUGGCCAAAUUGGAGCAGGUCAAGGCCUGGCGUGAGCGCGUUGAUGCUCAGUCGUCGCUAGAGGAACUACCUCUCACCGUCAAGUCAGACCAGGACGGGCUUCCGGGCGCAUUCGCUGGUCUGGCUUUACAACCCAUCGCAGAGGCAGGCACGCCUCGAGCACACACGCCAAUCAGCUUCUCCAAUCCGUUUGCAACGCCCAAACAAGCUGGAGCAGGCACUGCGAGGCUACGCAUCUUUGACGACGUUGCCGAAUCUACCUCGUCUGAGGAGGCUUCGCCGGCGACUCCCGGCGAGGGAGAGCUCGCGCCUGCGGCGGACAGCUCGUGGGAGGCUCCUCUCACGAUGCCCUUGGCAUCUGUGCCCAUGUUCGAGCCAGCUAUCGUGCCAGACCGACGCGGAUCAUUGCCAGCGGUCGUCUUCAGCUCAAAGGAUAUCAAUUCUGACGCCAUCCAUACCCGCUCACUAUCACACCGUGCCAGUCUGCUUUCGCUUGGCGCGAAGGGUCCCCGAAAGUCAAGGAGCCAAGUACUAGCGGACACGCGAAGAGACAGUCGUCAGCUGAGCGUUGACAGCAAUGUAUCAUUUGUGUCUUCGGCUAGCAGCAAGAGUACGGGCGCCAGUCAGAAAAUCAGAGCUCUGCUGCCGACAAAGGCUCAACGAAGUCAUGCUGUCAAGCGAUUCUUCUGCAUGGAAAUUGAUCCUUGCGUCUCGGCUGCGUGUCUUGCGCGGCAGAGCAACCUGCCUCUCGCUGGCGAUCCGGCAAGCACGCGCGCCUAG